GCAGUCUGCAGGAUCCCUGCGCCACGACACAGCGACACCAGGUCUCUGUCUGACUGCUAAAGGCUUGCUGUAGGCCUCCGCUCGCCGCAGCCAUGGCGCCUCCAGAGGGCGCCCCCGCCACCCCCUCGGCCUUCUACAAGAUGCUGAGCGUGCCGGACGCCCAGGAGCUCAUCCUGAGCGAGACCCAGGCUCUGCCGCCGGUGGAGGUGCCUUUCCAGCAAGCGCUCCAGCACACCCUGGCGGCCGAGGUGCGGGCGGCCGAGGCGGUGCCCGGCUUCCGCGCAUCGAUCAAGGACGGGUACGCCGUGGUAUCGUCGGAUGGGCCUGGCGAGUAUGAGGUGGCGUUUGAGGCGUUUGCGGGGAUCGAGGACAGCGAGUUCCUGGGGGCGGCCCCGGGCGGUACCAGGCGCGUGCGCAUCAACAAGGCGGUACCGCCGGGCUGCGACGUGCGGCAGGUGGGCAGCGACAUGGCGGCGGGGGAGGUGGUGCUGUCGGCGGGGCACCACAUCGGCGCGGCAGAGGUGGGCAUCCUGGCAACCGUGGGCGCCACCAAGGUCACCGUGCACCGCAAGCCUCAUGUGGCGGUGCUGUCCACCGGGGACGAGGUGUGCGAACCCGCCGCGCCGGAGCUGCAGCCGGGGCAGAUCAGGGACGCCAACCGCGCCAUGCUGCUGGCGGCGGCGGCGGGCACGGGGGCGCGCGCCACAGACCUGGGCAUCGCCCGCGACACCGCAGCCAAUGUGGAGGCGGCACUGGAUAGGGCGGUGGCUGAGGGCGCCGACAUCCUCAUCACCACGGGCGGUGUGUCCAUGGGCGACAAGGACUUCAUCAAGCCGCUGCUGGAGCGCAGGGGCACCGUCCACUUUGGCAAGGUCAAGAUGAAGCCGGGCAAGCCGCUGACGUUUGCCAAGGUGCCGGUGCCGGAGCAGGGGCGCAGCCUGCUGGUGUUUGGGCUGCCGGGCAACCCAGUCAGCAGCCUGGUGACGUUCCACCUGGCCGUCGUGCCCUGCCUGCGCAAGAUGGAGGGCUGGCAGGAGCCUCGGCUGCGGCGCCUGCACGUGCGCACCGCCAUGCCCAUCAAAAUGGACCCAGAGCGGCCGGAGUACCACCGUGCGGUGGCGCACUGGGCGCGCCCUGCGGGCGCGGAGCCGGGCGUGUGCUGCGGCGAGCUGGUGGCGGCCAGCACGGGCGGCCAGAUCAGCAGCCGCCUGCUGUCGCUGCGCUCCGCCAACGUGCUUCUGGAGAUCCCGCAGGCGAGCCGGGCCAGCGGCGUGCUGCCGGCCGGUACCAUGGUGUCUGCUCUGGUGCUGGGAGACCUCGGUGCCAUGCCUGUGCCAGAGGUGCCCGCCCCGACGGUGCUGCCCUGAGGCUCGCGGCCGAGCGCCCGGCUGAGCGACGUGACGCGACGCGCCAGCGGCGGCGCCAGGCAGGAGGCGCGGAACGCUGGCAGCUGAGGAGCGACGCGCAGCGAUCAUUGCGGCUGGUGUCUGCUGUAGGGUACUUCUUUCCGACAAUACCGGUUUGCACUUCAAACUACGUGCACUUCAAAGUAUGUAUUGUACACCUUGCAAUGACACUAGAAGCUGUGGCUGGAGGCCCUCCUUGCCGCCGCCUGCUGCUUGUGCUCUACAGCCGUGCAUGACCAGCGCUUGCGUAGUAGGUGCUUAAACUUGCAUUGCUUGCUCAAGUGAGGCAGUGCAACAGGCAUGUGGGGAGCCAGAGGUGAUCUGUGUCGAGCGCUUGGCUGGUUUGCGGGGCGGGCGCGGCGGAAUUGCGGCGGCGCCGGGAUGAAUUGUGUUUAGUAGAACCGAUGGGGAGGAUCAAAAAGGGGCGUGCCGCCCAGAAAACUGAUGCUGGCAGGGAGUAAGAGGCUGCUGCAUAUGAAUGAGGAGUGCCGCGGUAGUAAAACAGCUGGGCGGAUGGUGAUCAAAUGGGGGCUGCCGGCAUCUGCAGGUUUCGAGGUUACUAGUAGCAGGGGAGGGCUGGAGGAACGGCGAUGAAAUGGCAGCAAGGCGCGGCAGGCCGGCAAGCAGUAAAACGUACAGUGAGCUUGCGGUCGUCUGGGGCGCGGCCAGGGCAGGGGGAUUCGGGGGGCGAUUCAUGUCGGGAGUGGCGCACGGCGCGCGUGGCGGGCAGGGCCGCUCACGCGGCCUGCCACUGGCUGGGCGCCGCCGCAGCCGGCUGCUCCAUAAGUUCCACAGCCUUGGUUAGGGCCUCCAGGGUGCCCAGCUUGGAGGCAGGCAGGUUGCCGGAGGCGGGCGGGGAGCUGUGGGCGGCCGGCAGCGGGCUGGAGGGCGGCAGCGGGGAGCUGGGGGCAGGCUGAGGGGGGCUGGAGGCUGCCGGGGCGCGCGAGGCGGCCUCC